AUGGUCAGGGACACAGGAUUUGCGGUCCUGGUGUUGUUCCAGAGCUGCUCCACCUACAAGCUGGUCUGCUACUACACCAGCUGGGCCCAGUACAGGAAGGGCGAGGGGAGCUGCUUCCCAGACGCCGUCGACCCCUUCCUCUGUACCCACGUCAUCUACAGCUUUGCCAAUAUCAGUAACAACGAGCUCGACACCUGGGAGUGGGAUGAUGUGACGCUCUACAGCACGCUGAACGCGCUCAGGAACAGGAACCCCAACCUGAAGACCCUCCUGUCGGUUGGAGGAUGGAGCUUUGGCUCUGAAAGAUUUUCCAAAAUAGCCUCCAACGCCCAGAGCCGCAGAACUUUCAUCAAGUCGGUGCCGGCCUUUCUGCGAGCCCAUGGCUUUGACGGGCUGGACCUGUCCUGGCUCUACCCAGGGCGGAGAGACAAGCAGCCAUUUACCACGCUGGUCAAGGAGAUGAAGGCCGAGUUUAUGCAGGAAGCCCUGUCAGGGUCCGAGCGGCUCCUGCUCAGCGCGGCCGUGUCUGCAGGGAGGGUCGCCAUUGACAGCGGCUACGACAUCGCCCAGAUAUCCCAACACCUGGAUUUCAUCAACCUUUUGACCUAUGACUUCCACGGAGCCUGGAGCCAGACCACCGGCCAUCCCAGCCCCCUGUUCCGAGGCCAGGAGGAUGCACAGUCUGACAGAUUCAACAAUGUUGACUAUGCAGUGGGCUACCUUUUGAGGCUGGGGGCCCCGACCAGUAAGCUGGUGAUGGGUAUCCCCACCUUUGGAAGGAGCUUCACCCUGGCUUCCUCUAAGACGGAUGUGGGUGCCCCCACCUCAGGGCCAGGAAUACCAGGCCGUUUCACCAAGGAGGAAGGAAUGCUUGCCUACUAUGAGAUCUGUGACUUCCUCCAAGGAGCCACGGUCCACAGACUCCUGGGCCAGCAGGUCCCUUAUGCCACCAAGGGCAACCAGUGGGUAGGAUACGAAGACAAAGAGAGCGUCAAAACCAAGGUGCAGUACCUGAAGAACAGGCAGCUGGCGGGCGCCAUGGUCUGGGCCCUGGACUUGGACGACUUCCCGGGCACCUUCUGUGGCCAGGGUCUGCGCUUCCCUCUCACUGGCACCAUCAAGGACGCGCUUGCUACAGCGUAGCGAGAAGUGGGGCAUCCCUCCCUUGGGCUCUGGCUGGCCAGGAGCCUGACC